AUGUAUGAAGCUGAGGAAGUGAGCAGGAGAGGAAGAUCUAGCAAUAUCCAUGAAGACGAAGCUGGGAAAUUACUCGAACAGAGUGGACCAGACAUGCUCGAAGGAGAAUGGAUGCUGGACAAAAGAGAGAAAGAAGAAGCAGAGAUCCAUUAUCUGACGAGGGGUGCCGCACUGGUUGUAUCUUUCUAA